GUUUUCAACAUGAACCCUCGCUACAUCCUGUACAUCCAUCUGGUGAUCAAUGACAUCAUCCUCCUGACCUUGUUCACCCUUGUUCAAGUCCUGAGUUACAUCGUGUUCACUCUGAAUGUCUCCCUAUGUAUAGUUCUGUUGCUCAUGGCUAUGUGUGCAAGCAUCAACAAUCCUCUGACGCUCGCCGUCAUGGCCGUAGAGUGUUAUGUCGCCAUAUGCUUCCCGCUCCGACACUCCCAGAUCUGUACAGUCAAGAAAACAUACGCUGUGAUCGGAGUGAUAUGGAUGCUGAGUUCACUCUCCGUCGUCCCAGAUUUAUUUGUCUCCUUGGCCACAGAAUCUAUGGAAUUCUUUCAUUCCAGAAUUUUUUGCCUCCCAACUAACAUUUUCAGACAUCCUUAUCUCAAAGAGAAAAGAGACAUAGGCAACCAAGUAUUUCUGGUCAGUGUUUGGAUCAUUCUAUUCUACACAUACUUCAGGAUCCUCACCACUGCAAAAGCAGCCGCUACAGACGCCAAGAAGGCGAGGAACACUGUCCUCCUCCACGGCUUCCAGCUGCUGCUGUGUAUGCUCACCUAUGUUUAUAAUUUAAUCUUGGACGGCCUGAUAUCGUUGUUCCCAAAAGGAGUUCUGGCCAUUCGCUUUGCCGUCUCAAUAUUUAUUCAUGUUCUUCCACGACUCAUCAGUCCAGUUGUAUACGGGCUGCGAGACAAGACUUUUAGAAAGUACCUGAACAAUUAUCUGUUCUGUUCAUCAUCGGCCCGAUCCACCUGUCGAUCUCCUUCUCCAUCCUUCCCUCACAUCGUGAACAUAUAA